UAGGGGCGUUCAGAGCCACAGUGCGGCUAUUCAUCAUCCUACCGCUAGAGGAGCUGCAGCACAAGCGCGCACCCGACGCGCGCCCCUCUCGCUCUCCUCACGGCAUUCCACAGCUGAGAGACUCUUGAGGGAUGAGAGAGGGAUGCUAAGGAAAUGUUUUCCUUUAACACAGAAAAUGGGCUACCUUAAACGCCAGCCGACAGCAGAAUGCGACUGAAAUACCGCAGGCGAAGACCGUGAACCAGGUGAUGCCAGUAGACCAGGAUGGACAUAUAUCAUCACAACGGUUACAGUAGCUAAAAUGGCACAUUUUAGGAUUGUAUACUGUUGAAAUAGAAAGCUAACUGGAUCUGGCACCAUAAUAGCCUUCUUCCGGAGCUCAAUAUAUUGAAGACGGACUCCACUUUUGACCUUUAGACCACGUCAUUCCUGCUGUCAAUAUGUUUGCUUAAGAAAAUUUGUCUUCGAUCUUUGACACUGCAGCAAGUGCUUCCUUGAAGACCCUUUUUUUUAGUAUUUUUGGACUGUUGAAGAGUCGAGAUGUUUACCGCUCUGAAGAAGCUGGUGGGCUCUGAAGCAGGGCAGCUCAGGGAUAGACAUAUUCCUGCAGGCCUGCAAUCCAUGAACCAGAGUCUACAGAGACGCUUUGCCAAGGGUGUACAAUAUAACAUGAAAAUAGUCAUCCGUGGGGACAGGAACACCGGUAAAAGCGCACUUUGGCACCGACUUCAAGGGAAAAAGUUUAUGGAAGAGUACAUCCCUACACAGGAGAUCCAGGUCACCAGCAUUCACUGGAACUACAAAACUACAGAUGAUGUAGUGAAAGUUGAAGUCUGGGAUGUUGUAGAUAAAGGGAAAGGGAAAAGACGCGGAGAGAAUCUGAAAUUGGAAAAUGAACCUCAGGAGUCAGAAACCGAGAUGGCUCUCGACGCAGAGUUCCUGGAUGUUUAUAAGAACUGUAACGGCGUGAUCAUGAUGUUCGACAUCACCAAACAGUGGACAUUCAACUACAUCCUUAGGGAGUUACCAAAAGUGCCAACACACAUCCCAGUGUGUGUCCUGGGUAACCAACGGGACAUGGGCGAGCACAGGGUCAUCUUACCCGAUGACAUCAGAGACUUCAUCAACAGUCUGAACAGACCUCCAGGCUCCUCCUACAUCCACUAUGCCGAGUCCUCCAUGAAAAAUGGCUUUGGUCUCAAAUACCUCCAUCGCUUCUUCAACAUCCCAUUCCUGCAGCUGCAGAGGGAGACUCUGUUACGACAACUAGAGACAAAUCAGCUUGACAUCGAUGCCACACUAGAAGAGCUCAGUGUUCAGCAGGAGACAGAGGACCAGAACUAUGACAUAUUUCUUGAGAUGAUGGAGGCACGCAAAGCCUAUGGAUCUCCGGCGCCCUCUAAUGGCCAGAGCCCGUCAUCAGGGUCCCAGUCCCCUGUGGUGCUGCCCGGUGCCGUCCCCAGUAACUCCAGCCCCAGUACACCCCAGGCCCCUGUCCCUCUCCAGACCCAAUCCGCCCCACCGCCACCUCCAUCUAUACCACACCCUCCUGUCCAAAUGACAGCCGCCCACGUACCCCAAACACCAUCUCAAACCCUGGAGCCUUCGCCCGCAGCAGCAGUACCCACACCUGCCCAACCUGCACUUCUUCCUGCCCAGAAACGAGGCUUCAUCUCACGCCUGUUUGGUUCGUCCGCUGCAGAGACUUCACCAGACAGACCAGAAACUACAGGUUCUGAAGUCCCGAAGCCCUCUGGAAAGGUAAAGAGUGUGGAUGACUUUGUGCCGGAGGUGGGAUUGGACCGGACCUUUCUGGAAGAUGGUGGAACAGCAGUUAAAUCAAAGAAAAAACCUCCAGCAUCAGCUCACAUCCUGGACAGUGAUAGUGAUGGAGAGGGCCGGGGAAAUCCUCUGGUCUCAGGCUUCCAGGAUGAUUUAGAUCCAGAUGACAGAGCGCCGUGCCAGCCUGCCCUUAAAGCGGUUGUCCCGAGCGUGGGCGUCACUCUCACGAGUGAUGAAGAGGAGGAAGAUUCAUCUCUACCCUCCAUUGCCCUGCACAAAGGCAUCGGCUCAGGGACAAACUCAAAGGGAUCUUCAGUGAACUCCAUCAAACUGCUGCCAACCAUGUCAAAACCAGCUGAGAGACCCCAAAGCCUGAAAACAACAGCAGGACCUGCAGUGCAACGACAAGGUCUAAAGACAGGGGGCGCUGUUGAGGUCAACUCAGAUUCAGAACACGAAGCUCCGGUCUCUCAGCAGAUGCUUUCAUUUGUCCUGGAUGACCCUGAUUUUGAGAGCGAAGCACUUGGCGUACAGAAGAUCAAGACGAGGGCAUUUUCUGCACAAGAUGACUUUUCUGAUCGGUCGGAUGAUGGUUUUGUGUUAGCUGGACUCCCGGAGCCACCCAAACCUGCUGCCUCCUCAUUCAAGACCCUCAAUAGCGACAUUGACCUGUUCGGCCUGGGAUUUGAUGAGACGACACCUAAGACUAAAGACAGCAGUGAAGACCAGGAAGAUAAUGUAAGCAGACACUCCAUAAAGGACAAGAAAAAGAAGAAAAAGAAAAGCAAAGAGGAGGAUGAGAAAAGCAGCAAAAAGCGACACAAACACAAGAAAAAGGAAAAAGAUGAAGCAGGAACUGGAGACGAGAAAGAAAAGAAGAAGAAGAAAUCAUCAAGGACCAAGAAAGCAGGAACUGUGGACGAUCUUGAGGCCUUCCUGGCAGGUGGAGACGGACCAGGAAACAGUGAGGGCGGAGAUUAUGAAGAACUCUAAAACUCCAUCUAACCAAUCAGGGUUUGACAUCAACACCGUGUGACAUCGCCAGGUCAUUUUCCAAUCCAUUCCACCUGUUUUUCAGUGCCUAACCUUUGAAUUAUCACAGCGUUUUUGUUCUUCCAGCAUCGCAGCUUUACGUUGUGCUUUCUCAAAAUUGGUACAUGGCACCGUUGUUCACCACAUGCCGUUUUCCAAAGUGUAUCAGUAUUUUCAGACCUAGCAUUUUUCGGUAAGGACAAAAGCAGAUUUCACCUGCUGCUUCAAUCAAUCCAGAUUUUAUUCCGUUAUUAACUGAUACAAACUCAUUCCCGCUGGGAAGUCCAUUGACUUGAGGUCACUUUUAACUGUAUUGGUUUUGUUUUGUGUGUGUCUGUCAAUGUGUGUCUAUAUAUUUGUCCCUGAAGGCUUUUGGCAACUCUGUGUGUGCUUGCAUUUUAAUUUAGCAAAUUUGUAGAGGGAUUGAUCAGACUUUCCGUUCAAAUCUGCACAGCAUUAGGCCACAUAUUGGCCCUCAAUACACGAGCAACACUAAUUUCUGUGAAAAUCAUUAGAAAAAACUAUUCUUUUCUCAGUCUCGAGUCAGAUUUAAUUGAAUCGCUUUGGUCGUGUUUUAUAAAUGUUAUAAGAAUACAGCAUUCUUACAGUUCAUGUAAGAAUAGUUUUCAAAAAAAAUUUGCACAGAAGUUCGAUCUGCUCAUGCAUCAUGAGCCCUGAUAUCUUGUGGCAUUCAUUGUCUUCCAGACGCUAUGCAUCAUCAUAUCAGAGCCACAAAUAAUUCAGUUGGUAACUAUUAAUUAAUAACAAAAGCCGCUUUUGCCAUCAGUUUCUUUCCAUUACUGCCUUAAAUUGUUUUACACUUAACGAAAUGAAAGCCUUUAUAGAGCAAUUCUAUAAAGUUAAUUAAUGGCUGAGGCUCUGACAUACUUUUAACACUGACAGAAUUACUGCCAGCUGAAGAGACACACUCUUUCAGCAGUCAAAAUCAUGUUUGCAGUUAGAUAUAUGAUAAAAUUACAUCAAGUCAGUCAGUUCUUUCUUUAUAUUUAUGCAUUUACUAAACCAGUAUUAUUAUUCUAAUAAUGUGUUCUAAGUUCCAUAAUCAUAGUUUCUGGUUCCGGUCAAAAUUCUUCCUCCUCUUCCUCCCCUGUCCUGUCUGGUAAAUGUGUCCAUUUCCUUGCUGUAUAUCUUUAUUUUUGAUAUGGCUCGUGUAACUUGUUAGAAGUUGUGUGUAGACCUAGUGUUUUAGGUUAGUUGGUUCGACCCGGACUAGGGUUGUCAAAAGUACCCACUUCGGUACCAAGUUGGUACUGAAAUUUUAAAAAAUUACGAUACCAGCAUUUCCCCCUAGCAUUUUGAGCUCUGUUGAGCAGAUUCUUAAACACCUCUGAUUGGCCAUUGUGUUCACAUGCUCAACAGAUAUGUCUGUGAUUGGCUACAAUGAUCAACGCUUAAAAAACAUGUCAUUCACCGAGCACUUACACACGGGAGCGUUAGAAAGCAGGCGUCUAUCAGUGAAGAGCGUCAUUGAUGUCUAUUUACAACAUGUUUUUGAAGCGUAGCAAAUCACAAACAUAUCUGUUGAGCAAAUGAACACAAUGGCCAAUCAGAGGUGUUUAAGAAUCCGCUCAACAGCUAGGGGGAAAUGCUGGUAUCGUCACAUUUUUAACAUUUCAGUACUGACUCGAUACCGAAGUCGGUACUUUUGACAACCCUACAUUGUCUCUGGUCCUAUGAUUAACCCUUUAUUGCUCAUUUAAUGGCUGCCCGUGCACAGAAAUUUGUACAUUUUAACAACAGCCCUGUUUAAAUUACUAAAUGUAACCAAACAGAACUGAUCUAAAAAUUAUCAAAAUAUUUUUCCCUCAUAUAUUUGCUUGACUAGGUGACCUAAAGCAGACGAAAAUACGUUUUAGUGAAAGUGUAGAAAAACAAUUUAUAAACGACUAGAGUGUAUAAUAGUGAAAGUAAAAUGAUAUUUUGAAUGCACACAUUUAUACUUUAUAAUAUCACCCUAAAACUGGAAAAUAUUUUGGCUUCAAAUGAUCCAAUAAUGUUAUGGUGAAAAGUCAUAUAGACAAACGAUUGUUUACUCAUAAUGGGCGUCAUUCAUGAAACCGGAUCAGAAUCGUUUUUCAAUUGUUGCAUCAAAUUGAAUGUAAAAUGACCAUUUUUGUAAAUUUUGCUUGUGUUUCAUGAAUAAUUUCCUAGUGUUUACUUGCAAUGCCCCCUUUUUGCUUUUAUUUGCAUCAUGUGUUGAUAAAUGAUAACCAAAUAAUUCAAUCGUUGCAUCAUAUUGAAUGUAAAAUGACCAUUUACGUAAGAAUGGUUUUACCAACGAUUGAUUCUGCUCGUGAUUCAUGAAUGAAGCCCAAUGUUUACUUGCAAUGCCCUCUUUUUGCUUUUGUUUUCAUCAUGUAUUGAUAAAUGAUAACCAAAUCAUUUCAGGAGUGAAUUUUAUUCUAAUGAAUUAGACUGUAGUGGAAUCUGAUUGGCUCCAUUUCAAAUGGUUUCAGUGGAUUUUCUAUUUUUCAAUUAUUAUUUUUAUUAUUAUUGGGACAAAAUAACAAUGUACUUUCCACCUUCCAAUAGAAGGACUUGUUUUCGGUUUGACGGUACUACGAACAUUCACCUUGGCAUCGACCUUUGAACCUGGUUGUUUCGGCCCAAGAUAUUAUUCUCUACAGACUGUCCCGCUACGGCUUUCCCUCAGGCACAACAGUGCCGACAACUGAAUGUUGAUUCCUGCUCGUAAAGAUGUUUUUCCCGAAUCCCCCAAGGAAUUCUCAAAGAGGGACGGGCGACUAGCCAUUAAAUGACGGCACGUUUAAAGACCUGCAGAUUUCCGUGCGUCUCUUGCGACCAUCGUCUGUGUCUCUUAGGUCGUUGCAAAUGGAGCACGGCUGCCGGCUCCACAUGCACCACCGAGACCAUGUGAUGCAUCGCGCUGUCACCAUGGAACCGCUCGCCUGGGAAAACUGUCUCUACACGCUCACUGUGAUAAAUAGUCACACUCUCCUGGAUAUAUGAGUACACUGUUAAUACUCUCACCCCAAACCAGCAAAAGGGCAGAAGUGCUUACCUCGAACACAUAUCAGCUUCCUCUUUAGUAUGAUUGACUCCGAAGGGCCCUUGAUUUAUUUAUUGAUCUCUCUGUUUGGCAUGCAUUUUUUUUUUUUUUUCCCACCGUUAAGUAAAGAAGGAGAUGGGAAAUGAACUCAUUGGUGCUGCACCAGCUCUGGACUGCAUGCAGUCACCGACAUACUUCCUGCACAGCGUUUCGCUACGACUGCUUUUAUGGACCGAAAAUAUUUGGGAACACUAGUUUUAAUCCGUAGAUUGGUUUUAGUUUGUUCAUCCAGCAUAUAUGCAUUCCAAAACCUUUGUUUGGGACCAUAAAUGGUUGUGAUUGCCUAUUUAUUUUUUGUUACCCUGUUUCACUACCCACAGUGUUCAUAUUUGAUUUAUGUGUUUCAACUGUGAAAUAAAUGCAAGCGAAAUUUGA